CAGAAGUUCGCAAUCCCGGGACGUGGUCAAUCUGUUUGGCUUCUCUGUGUACUGUACCGCCGAACGUUUCUGGUGGAAAGCUUGACAGGAGAUAACACCCAGACUGUACAUGUAAGAGAGAUACAACGGCUUUCAGUUUUUACGGGUUGGGCACCUCUGCCCACAACGUCCCACCAUGCCUCUGGUUACGAGGAACAUAGAGCCACGGCAUGUGUGUCGCCAGACCAUCCCUGCCAACAUUCGCAGUGAACUGGAAUGUGUCACUAAUAUAACCCUGGCCAACAUCAUCCGUCAGCUCGGCAGCCUCAGCAAAUAUGCAGAGGAUGUAUUUGGGGAGCUGUUCGUCCAGGCUAAAGCCUUUUCGCUGAGAGUUAAUACACUGGGAGAUCGAGUGGAUCGCCUGCAGGUUAAAGUCACCCAGCUGGACCCAAAAGAAGAGGAGGUCUCCCUUCAGGCCAUCACUACCCGUAAGGCUUUCCGCAGCAGUCUGACCCAGGACCAGCAGCUGUUCACCAGGCCAUCUCUCCCAAUGCCUGUACAGGACACCUACAAGACCUGCAAUCCGCCACCGCCACUCAACUACCUCAGCCAAUACCGGGACGAUGGGAAGGAGGCCCUGAAGUUUUACACUGAUCCCUCCUACUUCUUUGAUCUGUGGAAGGAGAAGAUGCUGCAGGACACCAAGGACAUCAUGAAGGAGAGACGCAAGCACAGGAAGGAGAAGAAAGACAAUCUUAACCAACGGACACUCAAUCCACGAAAGAUCAAAACCCGGAAGGAUGAAUGGGAACGCCGAAAGAUGGGGGAGGAGUUCGUGGACCCAAAGAAUGAUUUGAUGAAUUCUUCUGAGGGCCUAAAUGGCAGUAUUGGAUCUGGAGAUGGCUUCACUUCCGAAGGCCUCGAGAUGAGUACCGGCUCCUACGCUUAUGAACCUGGCUCUCCUCUCUCUCCUCCUGGCCCCGAUGACUUCCUGCCUCCUCCACCUCCAGACAUUGCGUAUAGUGACGGAGGAUACGGAGUUCCAACCCCAAAGAGUCCAAGCCACCCUCCUCCUGCUCCCCCAUAGCUCUCCCCUCCCAUACUGCUCCAACUCGCCCGUCCCGCUGCACUCGUCGCAUACACCGAGUCCGAGCUUGAGGUUCCACCGCCUCUCCUUCGUUUACAGCCACCUUCCCCUCCUCCGUUCUCCUCCUCCCCGUCUGCCUAUCCCCCCACUGCUCACCCUCCUCCACCUACUAUGUCCAAUAUUCCUCCUCCUCCACCACCUAUGCCUGCAGGUUAGCGGGGUGGUCCACCUCCUCCUCCUCCUCCUCCACCUCCCCCUGGCCCAGGUCCCUCAUCCUUUGAGCGCUCCGCCCAGCCUCCUCCCACCGUUACGGCGACCCAAGCUAGCUCUGCUCCAAAAGCUCAGCCAGAGUCAGCCGAUGAUCCUCGCAGUGACCUGCUGCAGUCCAUCCGACAAGGUUUCAACCUGCGCAAAACGGAGGCCCAGCGGGAGCAGGAGAAGAGGGAUCACAUCGGCAAUGAUGUGGCCGCCAUCCUGUCCCGUCGCAUCGCUGUGGAGUGCAGCGACAGCGAGGACGACUCCUCCGAGUUUGGCGAGGAAGAGUGGUCUGAUUAAUGGUUCUUCCCUUUUCAGCUUGACAACCACCUCUGUACUUUUCCUCAGCCUUUAACAACAGCUUUGUGUUUCCAUUCCAAUCCCCUCAAGUACCAGUGAAGCAAAGGUCCCCGCUCUCUGUGUGUCAGAGUGCAAGUGACCUGUUACUAAUCACAUUCCCUGAACCAUUUGUUUUUAUUUAUCCAACAUUAUUUCGAUAACGUCCAAAUUGGAGUGUGAGUGUGCCUGGCUGUGUCCCCAUUUCCCCCCAUUGAAUGACACAGCGCUGUAAUUUGGUUGUUGUCUAGAUUUCUGAUUUGAUCGGCUUCAGUAUUUUCUGGCGAAAGAUAAAAGAGAUACAGUACACCUGAAUGUGCUCAAUAGGAAGACACAAAGCGUUGACGUCAAAACAUUCCCACUCCGAUUAUGUGAUGAAUUAAAUGUAAAUUUUAUGUAACAUUGAAUCAUAUCUAAAGAUAAUUAUGCAAUCCUUUCAUAUCCCUUUUUAAAGCACCACUUUGUUAAUUACUUCUCCUUUCUUCACUCUGGUAUUCUUUCUUUCUGUGGUUGUCAUGAGAACAAUUCACACGGGAUGGAACGUGUUUGUAGUUCAGAAACCUUCAUGUAUUAAUUAUUCAGCGUAACGGGGGGAGCGAUGGCUCAUGGCAAACACCUGGGGUGUUCGACGCGAUCACCAUCCUCAACGCAUGUAGACAUGUGACACAAACGUGAUUAAUUUUGUCUUGUCGUUGACCUUCGUUACGCAAUUCCUUUUCUGCAGAUUUUCUUUUGAAGUUUUUGUGGGGAUCAAAUCUUUGUUUACUUUUCUGUGGAGACGGAGGCAGCGUUUCUCCUGCUGCCCAAUUAGUGCCUUUUUUAAUACUGCAUUUAGCUGUCAAUGAUGGUUUAUUUUGGGCAUCCACACUGGCAACGGAUCAGCUUCUUCCAAAAAUAUCACCAGUCAAAUGUGGAACUGACUGAUGUUUAGUGUGGACUUCAUAUUUCUUAAGUGCCUUUUUUAUUUUAAAUGUGCCUGUGUUAAAGCACAAACACACAGCAUGUCUUGCCAAAGCUUCUCCUGCCUUAAAUUUGCAUAUGAUUAUUGUUAUUCCAAUAAAGAGAGGGAAUUACGGAGUAA